AUCUAAGACUGUCGGUGGGACUUCUUUGAGUGAGAGAGUCUACAAGCUUGUAGUUGCUCUGUCUCUUUCGUCUCUCUUAAGCCAUUUCCUUCUAUACCAACCCAUUAUUAUAUAACCAUUUACAGCUAUACACGGAGUGAGACCCUUUUUAGAGAGAGAGUUGUGAUUGGCAUUGUGGUUUUGUCUGCUUCAGUCGAUCAAUAAAAUCACUCCCUCCUUUUCUCUCCGUCUCUUCUCUGAUCUUUGGUCUCCAAAGCAGUGAACUUGUUUUCUGGGUUUUUCAAUUUCUCUCUUUUUCUGAGAUCUGGUGGAGAAUUGGAUCGAUUUGGGUUUAUUUGAAAGUGGGUUCAAUUGGGUUUCCUGGAUUUAAAAGAUUAGUGAUAAAGAUCGGUUCUUUUUGAGGUGCUUAACCCAGAUCUGGGGAUUUUGAAGUGGAAAAAAAGUACUGAGAGCAUGUAUAGAUCUUGUUGAGACUUAACAAGCAUUUUGAUCCAUUGCUCACAUCUAAGCAAAGGAGAGGGUGUCAAUGGAGUCAGAAGGAGAAACUGGGGCAAAGCCCGUCAAGAGCCUGGGGGGUCAGGUCUGUCAGAUCUGUGGGGAUAAUGUUGGGAAGACUGCAGAUGGGGAACCAUUCAUUGCCUGCGACGUCUGUGCCUUUCCUGUUUGCAGGCCAUGCUAUGAGUACGAGAGGAAGGAUGGGAAUCAGUCUUGCCCUCAAUGCAAAACCAGAUACAAGAGGCACAAAGGAAGUCCUGCAAUUCUUGGUGAUAGAGAAGAGGAUGGUGAUGCUGAUGAUGGUACCAGUGACUUCAACUAUACUUCAGAAAAUCAAAAUGAGAAGCAAAAGAUUGCGGAGCGCAUGUUGAGCUGGCAUAUGACAUAUGGCCGAGGAGAGGAUAUUGGGGCUCCAAAUUAUGAUAAAGAGGUUUCUCACAAUCAUAUCCCUUUACUCACCAAUGGACAAGAGGUUUCCGGAGAACUAUCUGCCGCAUCACCAGAGCGCCUUUCGAUGGCAUCUCCUGGAAUUGGUGCUGGAAAGCGUGCCCAUCCUAUUCCUUAUGCAUCAGAUGUAAAUCAAUCCCCUAAUAUAAGGGUUGUCGAUCCUGUGAGGGAGUUUGGUUCUCCUGGGAUUGGAAAUGUAGCUUGGAAAGAGAGAGUGGAUGGCUGGAAGAUGAAGCAGGAGAAGAAUGUUAUUCCAAUGAGCACUGGCCAAGCUACUUCAGAAAGAGGGGGUGGAGAUAUUGACGCCAGAUCCGAUGUGAUUGUGGACGACUCUUUAUUGAAUGAUGAAGCAAGGCAGCCUCUCUCCAGAAAGGUCUCUAUUCCAUCAUCUAGAAUAAAUCCUUACAGGAUGGUCAUUGUUCUGCGGCUUGUUAUCCUCUGUAUUUUCUUGCACUAUCGAUUAACAAAUCCUGUGCCCAAUGCCUACGCUCUGUGGUUAAUAUCAGUCAUAUGUGAGAUUUGGUUUGCAAUAUCCUGGAUACUCGAUCAGUUCCCUAAGUGGCUCCCUGUAAAUCGUGAAACAUAUCUUGACAGACUUUCUUUGAGAUAUGACCGAGAAGGAGAACCAUCACAGUUAGCUGCUGUUGACAUCUUUGUCAGUACUGUCGAUCCAUUGAAGGAGCCUCCUAUGGUGACAGCAAAUACUGUGCUAUCUAUUCUUGCAGUUGACUACCCAGUUGACAAGGUUUCCUGCUAUGUUUCUGAUGAUGGAGCAGCAAUGUUGACGUUUGAAGCUCUGUCUGAAACUUCAGAAUUUGCUAGGAAAUGGGUCCCUUUCUGCAAGAAGUAUGCCAUUGAGCCUCGGGCUCCUGAAUGGUACUUUACACAGAAGAUUGAUUACUUGAAGGAUAAAGUUCAACCAUCAUUCGUCAAAGAUCGUAGAGCGAUGAAGAGAGAAUAUGAAGAAUUUAAAGUUCGUGUUAAUGGGCUUGUUGCAAAGGCCACAAAAAUACCUGAAGAAGGAUGGAUCAUGCAAGAUGGUACUCCAUGGCCUGGAAAUAAUACUAGAGACCAUCCAGGAAUGAUUCAGGUUUUCUUAGGCCAAAGUGGAGGGCUCGAUGCUGAUGGUAAUGAACUACCACGUUUAGUCUAUGUUUCUCGUGAAAAGCGUCCAGGUUUCCAACAUCACAAGAAGGCUGGUGCUAUGAAUGCACUUGUUCGAGUAUCAGCAGUCCUCACCAAUGGACCUUUCUUGUUGAAUCUUGAUUGUGAUCAUUACAUUAACAACAGUAAGGCCUUGAGGGAAGCUAUGUGCUUUCUAAUGGAUCCUAACCUUGGAAAAAAUGUGUGCUAUGUUCAGUUUCCACAGAGAUUUGAUGGUAUUGAUAGAAAUGAUCGAUAUGCCAAUCGUAAUACUGUUUUCUUUGAUAUUAACUUGAGAGGUUUAGAUGGCAUUCAAGGCCCGGUUUAUGUGGGUACUGGAUGUGUCUUCAAUAGAACAGCCUUGUAUGGUUAUGAACCUCCUGUUAAGCCUAAGCAUAAGAAAGAUGGGUUUGUAUCUUCACUUUGUGGGGGAUCACGGAAGAAGGGUUCAAAAUCAAGUAAAAAGGGCUCAGACAAGAAGAAAUCAAACAAGCAUGUGGAUCCUACUGUGCCGAUUUUCAGUCUAGAGGAUAUUGAAGAGGGGGUGGAAGGUGCUGGAUUUGAUGAUGAGAAGUCAUUAUUGAUGUCUCAAAUGAGCCUGGAAAAGAGGUUUGGUCAGUCUGCCGUUUUUGUUGCCUCCACACUGAUGGAGAACGGUGGUGUUCCUCAAUCUGCGACUCCAGAAACUCUUCUUAAAGAAGCUAUUCAUGUUAUUAGCUGUGGAUAUGAAGACAAAACUGAUUGGGGAAAUGAGAUUGGAUGGAUCUAUGGUUCUGUCACAGAAGAUAUUCUCACGGGAUUCAAGAUGCAUGCCCGUGGGUGGAGGUCUAUAUACUGCAUGCCUAAGCGCCCAGCCUUUAAAGGGUCUGCUCCGAUUAAUCUUUCAGAUCGUCUGAACCAAGUGCUUCGAUGGGCCUUGGGUUCUGUGGAAAUUCUUCUUAGUCGGCAUUGUCCUAUCUGGUAUGGUUACAGCGGUAGGCUAAAAUGGCUGGAGAGAUUUGCAUAUGUCAACACUACCAUUUACCCAAUCACUUCCAUACCUCUUCUGAUGUACUGUACAUUGCCAGCUGUCUGUCUUCUUACGAACAAGUUUAUCAUUCCACAGAUUAGCAACAUUGCGAGUAUAUGGUUCAUCUCCCUCUUUCUUUCCAUCUUUGCAACUGGUAUUCUAGAGAUGAGGUGGAGUGGUGUUGGAAUUGACGAGUGGUGGAGAAAUGAACAGUUUUGGGUUAUUGGUGGUGUUUCAGCCCAUCUUUUUGCGGUCGUCCAAGGUCUCCUCAAAGUCCUUGCUGGUAUUGACACCAACUUCACUGUCACCUCCAAGGCAUCAGACGAAGACGGGGACUUUGCUGAACUCUACAUGUUUAAAUGGACAACCCUUCUCAUCCCACCAACAACUCUCCUCAUCAUAAACUUGGUGGGAGUUGUUGCGGGUAUAUCUUAUGCCAUCAACAGUGGUUACCAGUCAUGGGGUCCCCUCUUUGGUAAGCUCUUCUUUGCCUUUUGGGUGAUCGUCCAUUUAUAUCCCUUCCUCAAAGGUCUCAUGGGACGCCAGAACCGUACUCCUACCAUUGUCAUCGUGUGGUCGAUUCUGCUUGCUUCAAUUUUCUCUUUGUUAUGGGUGAGGGUUGAUCCCUUUACCACACGAGUCACCGGUCCAGAUGUUGAGCAGUGUGGAAUCAACUGCUAGACAGAAAGACGACGUCACUUUCGUUAAAUUCAAAUUCAAAUUUAUUUUGUUCGCCCAAUUAAAGCUGGAGAGGUGGGAGGAGUUAAUUGUCUUAUAUUUUGUUCUUAUCGUUCUUUCCGUCUACUGUUUGUCCAUGAAGCUUACACACUGUCUGUAGAUGAUAGGAGGUUAAAAAAGAAUAUGUUUUUUUUUUAUUGUAAUGUAAGAAGGGUGAAUUUCAUGUAAUACUACUUUGAACAUAACUUAUUUUUAUGUGAGAUCUGAGGACUGUCAGUGGAACAGUAAUUUAUUACAGUUUUAGAAUUUCAUGGCAACUUUGUUCUGUA